AUGAGCACGGUAAGGCUGAUUUCCAAUGAUAAUACCGAGAUUGAGAUCUCUCGAGAGGCUGCCUCAAUUUCAUCAACUUUGAAGUCAAUGUUGGAGGGUCCUUUCAAGGAAAGCGAUGGCAGAAUAGAACUGCCAACCUUUGACUCAAAGGUACUGCAAAAAGUUGUAGAAUACCUGGAAUACAACUUGCAGUAUCAUGAUGCUGCCGACGAUAUCGAAGAUAUACCCGAGUUCGAAAUACCAACCGAAAUGGCACUAGAACUGUUGCUAGCAGCAGAUUACCUGGGCAUAUAA